AUACAGCACACGACGAGGUAAACAACAUUUGGCAUUCACCACCGCCAGACACGGUGCUCAUCAGCAGUUAGUCGUCAUCCUUACCUGUCGAUGCUCCCCCAAAUUCCGUUUUCUCCAUCUCGUCUUUCUUGAAGACGGCUUUUGAUGGAUCCCACUCUUUCAAAGUUUCCGAUUCUCUCUUACAUCUGCUCCCAACAAGACCCCUACAAUUACCCAUCGCUCCCUCGCGACAUCUCCAUCGACUUAUUCACCCGUUUCCCCCGUCUAUACGACCCGGCAAUCCUUUCUUCACUUUCCCAAUCCAUCCCUUCCACCGUCACCCAAACCCACUCCCUCCUACGCUCCCUUGGGCCCCGACCCGACCCAUCUGCAGUCUCCGCUGCCCGUUCCAAGAUUAUCCAGAUUCAAGAAACCCAAUCUUCCUCACAGGAGGCCGAGAUAUUUAAGUCCGUGAUCAGGUUGGAAGCGUUGCACGAGGAUUACGAGAGACAGUUGACCGAGUUGGAGGAGAAUUUGGGUCGUCUCUACCGUUCAGCUGUGGAACAAAUGAGAGGUGAAAUUGAAGUGAAUGAGGAGGUCGUGAGGAUUCUGGAAGAAGCUGAAACUGGGGUCGUUGAAAGAGUUGAGCUCUCUGGAAGGGGGCUGAGGCUUUUGCCUGAGGCCUUUGGUAAACUUCAUGGAUUGGUUCAUCUCAAUCUUUCCAGCAACCAGAUAGAGGUCAUUCCUGAUUCAAUAGGAGGUCUAAAGAAACUUGAGGAGCUUGAUGCAUCCUCCAACCAAUUGCAAUAUCUGCCUGACUCCAUUGGUUUGUUGCUUAAUCUGAGGAUCCUCAAUGUCUCGGGAAACAAGCUAAAUGCUCUCCCUGAAAGCAUAGCUCGAUGCAGGUAUCACGGGUGUUUUUUCUUUUUCCACUCUUGUGCUGGUUUUGUUCUCCACUUAUUGCUUUUGUGUGAAUUAAACCCGAAACCAUUACGAUGAAAAAGAACUGUAAAUUCUAUCUAAACAUCUGUAUUCCUACCACAGACAGAUCUUAUGUUUCUCUGUGAUAGAAGUUCAGCCUUUCAUUGAAAGAAUUUGGGUCCUGUUGCAUCUACAUAACAACAAGUUCAUGGAAAAUUU